GCUAUUUCUGUGCCUGCUUCCUUCCGGUCGAGGCGUGAGGCACGCGGCCCGGCGAAAGGGAGAGGGAAGGAGGCAGGGGGCGGAGUCCAGUGUGAGUGACUGCUCGGCGGCCCUAUUGGGCUCAUCCCGACGGACCCUCCCGCCGCGCUCGAUUACGCCCGAGGCGAAGCUUCGAGCUUGCUGCGGCUGCCGCGGGAGGAGGGCGCUCGGACCGCUGUGGGAACCGAGCGGGGCUGCACCAUGGGCCGGCUGCUGUGCGCCGCCCUCCUGCUGGCCUGGGGUGUGUCCCUGGGCAUGUGCCUGAUUGGGCUUGAGGAACCUGGUCACGAGGGGCUUACUUCAACCUCUCUGUUGGAUCUCUUGCUGCCAAGUGGACUGGAAUCCGUAGAUCCAAUUGAGCCAAGUGAGGCCAUUGGACCAGUAGUUGGGUUGGGAGCCCCUGGCUCAGGCUUCACCAGUGAAGAGAAUGAAGAAUCUAGGAUUUUGCAGCCACCACAGUAUUUCUGGGAAGAUGAGGGAGAGCUGAAUGAUUCCACCUUGGACCUAGGACCCACUGAAGAUUACACCUUUCCCCUCUCACCACAAAAAGCAGUACCAGAAGAAGACAAGGGCCAGGACCAAGAACUCCCAAACCUCUCCUCUCCCUUGCCCACAAUGAAUCUGGUCGAGCCACCCUGGCAUAAUCCUCCUGAAGAUAUGGAUGAAGAGGAAGAGGAGGAGGAAGAGGAGGAGGAAGAGGAGGAGGAAGAGGAAGAAGAGGAAGGAGAAGAGGAGGAAGAAAGGGAACCAGAAAAGAAACAGGGGGAGGAGGCGGGAUUGCUUCCAGUGAAUGGAUCCCAGGAGGCACCCCAAUCUCAGGUCCCUGGCCCCUUUUCUACAAGCAGUACCCCACCUGACUCAGUGUCAGAGGUUUCCAGAAACAGCCAUGAAGAUCCUGUGGACCAGGGUGUGGAAGUGGGAAGCAGUAUGGAACCAAGUUUGUCACCACUUCCAAUCAUCCCAGCUACAGUGGCCAUGGGCAACCAAGGCUUUACCAAGCAGAAGGCAAUAGAAACUGUGGGGGUAACAGAACAAGAUACAGGACAUGCUAAGGAGUCAGAAGUCCAUGGGGGGAGAGUUGAGGAGGCUACAGUGGUAUCAAAAGGACGAGUGUUUAAGCAAGGGGAUGAACUCCCUUCAGUGUCACCUUCUGAAAGAGAUGUUCCAUCUGGGGGUCCUUCCCAGGCUAGUAUCUCUGCCUCUCCCUCCCUGGACCGCAAUGGCAUAGAAUUCACACCCUCUGCUGCCGCCACAGGGCAACAAGACCUCCCCCUUCAAGCUGGAGAUGGGGAGGCUCCAGGUGUACCUACCAGAACAUCCUGGGACCCAGCUCAGGUCAUCUGCAAAGACUGGAGCAACCUGGCUGGAAAGAACUACAUUAUCCUGAAUAUGACAGAGAACAUAGACUGUGAGGUGUUCCGGCAACACCGGGGGCUUCGGCUCCUAGCCCUGGUAGAGGAGGUGCUGCCCCGACAGGGGGAUGGGCGACCUGGGGAUUGGCACAUCUCCCUGAGCAAACCCAGUGAAAAUGAGCAACAUUUGCUGAUGACGCUGGUGGGAGAGCAGGGUGUGGUUCCAACCAAAGAUGUCCUCUCAGUUCUGGGUGACAUUCGGAGAAGCUUAGUGGAGAUUGGCAUCCAGAACUACUCCACUACCACCAGCUGUCAGGCACGGCCCAGCCAGGUACGGAGUGACUAUGGGAAGCUUUUUGUGGUGCUGGUCGUCAUUGGCUCCAUUUGUGUCAUCAUCAUCGUGCUUGGGCUUAUCUACAACUGCUGGCAGCGGCGCCUGCCCAAGCUCAAGAACAUGUCCCAUGGAGAAGAGCUUCGAUUUGUGGAGAAUGGAUGCCAUGACAAUCCAACAUUGGAUGUGGCCAGUGACAGUCAGUCAGAGAUGCAAGAGAAGCAGCCAAGUUUGAAUGGGGGCAGCACUGUCAAUGGGCCUGGGGGCUGGACUGUGCUGAUGGGGGGCAAGAGAGACCCUGAGGACUCUGAUGUAUUUGAGGAGGACACACACCUGUGAAUUAGACUAGGGGACCAGCCCCCUCCCUCCCCUCUGCCACUCCUAGGUACACUCCUUUCUUUCUACCCCAGGACUUUGGACCAGCACUCUGGACAAAACCAGAAUGAUAUUGCUGAAGGGGUGUGGAUGGAACAUAUUCAGGUCAGAAUAGGUAUGUCAGAGAGAGAGAGAGAGAUGCCCAAUUCUGUCCUGCUUUAGAGACUAAUCAGUAUUAUUCUGCUCCAAGCCGGCCACUAGGUCAAAUCUCUAUUCCCUCCUCAAAAUCACCCUUCACCCCUCCCUCCCAGCCUGGCAUCUAUCUCUGUGGUAGCCCUGUACAUCCCAAGCAGAAAGCUGAGGCCCCAACCUCCCCUUGCCUGUCUUGAUUGAGGAGGUGAGCAGCAGGGGCCCAGAGAGAAGAGCUCUAGGAGUAUCUGCAGAGUUUGUGCCUGAACCUAGAACGUAAGCACAGCAUCUUGUCAGGCUUGAGCACCUGGGACAGAGAAAAAAAGAGCCCAGGCCAACCUUCAUGUACUAUUCCACCAAAAAGUACCACCAGGAAACCCUCAUCUGCUAGGGGCCUUCUUCCUCCACCUCUCCAUCUCCCCAGUCUUGCUCUGACUAAGCCCAAAGCCUGGUGGGGAUCAGGACAAUGCAGCCCACUAGCUGCUUCUCACGCUUUUAGCACGAGAAACCCUCCCUUCCCCUUUGCUGGUGUGGAGCAGAUCCCGGGUCUGUAGCCCACGAUGAGGCUGCCCCUUGUCCUUUGGGAGCCCCUGUCCCCAAGGCUCAGAUGCCACCAACUCUUAGGCACCAGCCCACACGUCCUGCCCUGCCUCGUUUCCCCAGACUUGGGUUAAGGAAGCAAAGCUUCACUUCUGGCCACCCCGAUCUAUUGUGCAAUUGCCAAGCUGACUUCUCCCGUGCUAUCCAUUGACCUGGAUUUGCCGAGGGGUGGUUUCUCCAGUCUCUGUGGAUCUCCCCAGGAGCAGCGGGGGAUUGGUUCUAAGCUCUCCAGGGCAGGCUGCGGGCGCCGCUCCCCAGAAGCCAGCCUGAGGGUGGAAGCUGCGGGUAUUUAUUAAAGGGGAUGGGAGGGGGAAGAACGGGCCGAGGACAUCCUCUCCUCAUCCCCAGUCAGCUCUCCUCCGGGAACCGUGGAACUGAUUAAACUGGCCCUGGAUUAAGGAUGCUGAGCAGAAA